CAUGCCUCCACGACUCUGUGCUCUCUGCCAUGCCGUUCGUGCGAUCUUGAAACGGCCAAAGACGGGGCAGCAAAUAUGCAAAGAAUGCUUCUUCUAUGUGUUUGAGACUGAAGUCCAUAACACCGUCACGGAAGCGAAGCUUUUCAAACCAGGAGACCGGGUAGCGAUUGGUGCUUCCGGUGGCAAAGAUUCCACCGUGCUUGCGCAUGUCAUGAAAACUCUGAACGAACGGUACAGUUACGGCUUGGACCUUUUCCUCUUGUCGAUAGACGAAGGGAUCACCGGGUACCGGGAUGAUUCUUUGGAGACUGUGAAACGAAAUCAGCAGCAGUACGACAUGCCUUUGAAAAUUUUAUCAUAUGACGAAUUAUACGGCUGGACUAUGGAUGCCAUCGUCACUCAAAUCGGAAAGAAAAACAACUGCACCUUUUGCGGAGUAUUCCGGCGACAAGCACUCGAUAGGGGUGCAGCAAUACUCAACGUUGAGCAUAUUGUGACCGGUCACAAUGCCGAUGAUAUCGCGGAAACUGUGCUGAUGAAUAUCAUGCGUGGGGACAUCGCCCGUCUCGGACGUUGUACUUCUAUUUGUACACAGGGAGAAGACACGAUCAAAAGGUCGAAGCCUUUCAAGUAUGCAUAUGAGAAGGAGAUUGUAAUGUACGCGUACUUCAAAAAGCUGGAUUACUUUUCAACAGAAUGCAUCUACUCCCCUGACGCGUAUCGGGGUCAUGCCAGAGCGUUCUUGAAAGAUCUCGAGGUCUCACGGCCGAGCGCUAUCAUCGACAUUAUACACUCAGGUGAGGCUUUCGAGAUCAAGGAGGAUGUUAAGGCGACACAGAAGUCACAGCAGACGUGCAGGCGCUGCGGCUACAUGUCCAGUAACGAACUGUGCAAGGCCUGCACCCUGCUCGAAGGCUUGGAGCGUGGGAUGGCCCAUGCGGUCGCUACCGAUCGCGGACGGAAGAAGUUGGAUGCCGAUGACCACGCUCCAGAAAACCUGCGCACGAUUCCCUUCUUUCAACUCCCUGCCAGUUCGCGACCCAAUUCGACAGCCCCAAUAGAAGCGGCGUCCUAGCCGACUCCUACCUCUUUUGCGUGUUUCCGUAGUCUGCGUGGUCGAUACGUGAUGUGUAGCCAUAUCCUGUAAACAUAGAUAUAUGACGACC